AUGGCCCAAUCUAGAACCGUAUUUUGCCAUCCUCCAUCCUCCAUCCUCCAUCCUCCAUCCUCCAUCCUCCAUCCUCCAUCCUCCAUCCUCCAUCCUUCCCAGGUCUGCCUCGAGACGGCUUGUCGCAAGCAGACGCAGCACUUCGAGGACGUGGACGCCCCGCUGGCCAACGGGACGCUGCUGCUGGCGCGCGCCUCGGACGCCGACGAGGGCCACUACCUGUGCGAGGCGCACAACGGCAUCGGCGCCGGCCUCAGCAAGGUGGUGCAGCUCACAGUCAACGUUCCGGAGCGUUUUCUUAAUACUAUGGGGUUAAACAUGGAAAAAGGGUGUGGAAAGGGGAAUGAGGAAGAUUUUCGAAAACUCAAUUAG